AUGUCUUCUCUCUUAGCCGAGAUACCCCUCCCAACCGUACUAUACGCAGUAUCGAUCGUCGUGGCUCUGGGCCUGAUGUUUAGGAACCGCAAGGAGGCUCUUCAGCCACCGAAACCGCCAGGACCGAAAGGCGAUGUACUUUAUCUCGAAGCUCUGGGACAGUCGCUUCUCAUUCUAUCGUCUCGCAAACGAAUCACCGAAUUGAUGGAUAAGCGUUCGACGAUCUAUUCUGAUAGACCCCCGUUCCCAAUGUUCCACCUGAUGAACUACGGUCACUAUAUCACCAUUAUGCCGUAUGGGAACACAUGGAAGCAACACAGGAAGACGUUUCAUCAGCAACUAGAUGCCCAUAUUUCCUCAACAUGGCAUGACUUGAUGGUCAAAAACACGAAGUCGUAUUUGAAGCGAUUAUUGACAUGCCCCGAGAAGUGGGGAGCCCAUACAAAGCAUGGGCUGAUCAUCGAGGUGACCUAUGGCGUUGAGACCGAAAGCCCCACCGAAGAGUUUGUGAAGUACACAAACGAAGUUUCAGUUGGGUUCGGCUCAGCAGCCCUUCCUGGAAGCUUCCUUGUCGACAACAUUCCUCUCCUCAAGUACGUUCCCAGUUGGUUCCCAGGCGCCGGAUUCAAGAGGUUUGCGGCCUACCACGGCGAGGUCGCGCAGCGCGCUAAGCAUAGACCUUAUAACCACGUCCUCAAAAAGAUUAAAGAAGGAACACUUCCGACCUGUAUGGUCAGCAAUAUGCUUGAAGAAGGGACACACGAUGAUUUGGCGAGAAACGUAGCGACAAUUGCACAUAUUGCUGGAACGGACACUGUGAGACUACGCCUUCCUCUCGAAGGAUAUGCUCUGGCCGCUGACAUGCUCCAGUCUAUGGGUACAGCACUGGCCUUCCUGAACUUCAUCGCCAUGCAUCCCGACGUCCAACGCAAAGCUCAAAGAGAGUUGGACGAUGUUGUUGGCCAAGGAAGACUGCCGGGGUUUAGCGACCGAGAUAACCUUGUCUACAUCGAAGCUAUUCUCAGGGAGUCUCUGAGAGUGCACCAAACGUUCCCAAUGGGCAGGAAUUCCGCAUGCGACUACAAGCAUAUCAUGCACGACCCCGAAAUUUACCAAGACCCGAUGACUUUCAAGCCAGAACGAUUCAUCAAGGAUGGGAAGAUUGACGGGAGCAUCCUGGAUCCAAGCGACAUUGUGUUUGGGAUCUGUCCUGGUAGCAACUUCAGCAGGGACUCCCUGUUCAUAAUGAUAGCUUACAUCCUAACAUUCUUUGAUGUUGAGCCGACGAAGGACGAAACAGGGAAGCCAGAUAUUCGAUAUGAACCUGAGGAUAAGGGUGUUUCGCACCCGGAACCUUUCGAUGUCGUCUUUAAACCGCGUUCCAAAGAACAUGAGAGCCUAUUGCGGAGUCUUUGA